UCAGAUAAAAAUUUUAGUCAGUCGGAGACAAUUCAGUCAGACAGUCAUGCCAACAAAAGUCGCUGUGGUGACUGGAUCUAACAAAGGCAUAGGCCUCAGCAUUGUCAAAGGUCUGUGCAAGCGAUUCGAUGGAGUUGUUUAUUUAACGUCAAGAGACGUAAGCCGAGGAAAAGCUGCCGUUGAAAAUUUAAAUGCAGAAGGGCUAUUCCCUGAAUUUCACCAACUCGACGUAUCAGACAGAAAAAGUGUUGAGCGAUUUAGAGAUCAUAUAAAAGAAAAAUAUGAUGGGAUUGAUAUUUUGAUAAACAACGCUGGUGUUUCUGGUGGCUUAAAUUCUGCGAACUACGAUGAGUGCAAAUCAGUAAUAAAUAUUAAUUUUAACAGCAUUUUAAUAUUGGAGGAAAUAAUUUUUCCAAUAGUAAGGGACAAUGGUCGUAUCCUUAACAUCUCUAGUGACUGCGGCCAUCUUUCCAACAUAAGGAAUAAGUAUUGGAUUGAAAAGCUAUCCAGUAAAGAUAUAAAAAUGGAUGAUAUUCUACAGUUUGUUGAUUGGUUUCUUCAAAGUAUUAAGGACAACACGUUUAACAAAGAGGAUAUCGCAGAUGGUGGGACAGUGGCAGCUUACAGAGUAGCGAAAGUGGCGCUGAGUGCCGCCACUAUCGUUCAACAAAGGGAGCUCGACAAAAGGAAUAUUUCUAUAAACUCAAUGCACCCCGGAUUGGUUCGCACGGAUAUGACCACCGGUAUUGGAUUCUACAGUGCUGACGAAGCCGCCAAAACUCCUAUUUACCUAGUGCUCGAUGCUCCUGCAAGUCUCAAAGGUGCUUAUAUUUGGCACGACGGAAAAGUGUUGGAUUGGUACGAUUAUAAUGCAGAUUAUUAUUUCAAGAUAUCAACCGUUUUAGAUCAUUUACAAAAAAAAGUUUAGCUAUCGAAUUACUAUAAGCAUUUGCGAAAUAAAACACUAAUUCAGACAUUUUCAUGUUUUUUUUUUGAAAUCCUAAUAC